UUCACAUUGCUCUUCAGCACCACGGUUCUGGACAGCGCUCCGAGCAGGCUGCUGAUCCCACGCCCCUUCCUCUCUCGAUCUCCGCCAGAGCAUCCACUGCUUCUCUAGUACCCCCUGCUGCAGAGAAAGAAAAUUACAUCGGGAUCCAUGCAGCCUGCAAUGAUGAUGUUUUCCAGUAAAUACUGGGCAAGGAGAGGGUUUUCUCUGGAUUCAGCGGUGCCUGACGAACAUCAGCUUCUUGGCAACUUAACACUGAAUAAAGGUAACUCUGGCAGAAACGAUGACAAGAAAGGCAACAAGGGAAACAGCAAGAGUGAACCCGCUACUGACAGUGGCAAGACGGCAGUUGUGUUCUCCUUGAAAAAUGAAGUUGGUGGACUGGUAAAAGCACUGAGGCUUUUUCAGGAAAAGCAUGUCAACAUGAUUCAUAUCGAAUCUAGGAAAUCCCGGCGAAGAAGUUCUGAGGUUGAAAUUUUCGUGGACUGUGAGUGUGGCAAAACAGAAUUCAAUGAGCUCAUUCAAUUGCUGAAAUUUCAAACUACAAUUGUGACACUGAAUCCACCUGAGAACAUUUGGACGGAGGAAGAAGAGCUAGAGGAUGUGCCCUGGUUUCCCCGGAAGAUCUCUGAGUUAGACAAAUGCUCUCACAGAGUUCUCAUGUAUGGUUCUGAGCUUGAUGCCGAUCACCCAGGAUUUAAGGACAAUGUCUAUCGACAGAGAAGAAAGUAUUUCGUGGAUGUGGCCAUGGGUUAUAAAUAUGGUCAGCCCAUCCCCAGGGUGGAGUACACAGAAGAAGAAACUAAAACUUGGGGUGUUGUAUUUCGGGAGCUCUCCAAACUCUAUCCCACUCAUGCCUGCCGGGAGUAUUUGAAAAACUUCCCUCUGCUGACUAAAUACUGUGGCUACAGGGAGGACAACGUGCCUCAACUUGAAGAUGUCUCCAUGUUUCUGAAAGAAAGGUCUGGCUUCACAGUGCGGCCAGUGGCUGGAUACCUGAGCCCACGAGACUUUUUGGCAGGACUGGCCUACAGAGUGUUCCACUGUACUCAGUACAUCCGGCACGGCUCGGACCCUCUCUACACCCCAGAACCAGACACAUGCCACGAACUCCUGGGACAUGUCCCACUACUUGCGGAUCCUAAGUUUGCUCAAUUUUCACAAGAAAUAGGUCUGGCAUCUUUGGGAGCAUCAGAUGAAGAUGUUCAGAAACUAGCCACAUGCUAUUUCUUCACGAUCGAGUUUGGCCUUUGCAAACAAGAAGGGCAGCUGCGGGCUUAUGGGGCAGGCCUACUUUCUUCCAUUGGAGAAUUAAAGCAUGCUCUUUCUGACAAGGCAUGUGUGAAAGCUUUUGACCCAAAGACAACCUGCUUACAGGAAUGUCUUAUCACCACCUUCCAGGAAGCCUAUUUUGUUUCAGAAAGUUUUGAGGAAGCCAAAGAGAAGAUGAGGGACUUUGCGAAGUCCAUUACUCGUCCCUUCUCAGUGUACUUCAACCCCUACACACAGAGUAUCGAAAUUCUGAAAGACACCAGAAGUAUUGAGAACGUGGUGCAGGACCUCCGCAGCGAUUUGAACACCGUGUGUGAUGCCUUAAACAAAAUGAAUCAGUAUCUGGGGAUUUGAUGCCUAGAACCAGUGUGGUUGCCAGCACAAUCUUUUGUGGGCCUAGCAGCCAUUCAGUCAAUGUCAUAUAACACCAGUAACUUUCUUUGUCAUGGUUUGGCUAGGAAGCAUGCAUUCUGUAUUAUCUGUACCUACUUGUAACUUCCCGUGUUAAUGUGUGAAGCACCAUGAAGAAUCCAACGGCAGGUAGUCAUUCAUUGUAUGAAAGAUUGUAAUAUGCUUAAAUGUCUUAAACAGAGUUAACCUUCUGCUUAUAUCCUUAACCAAACUGCAUCUAUUUAAAAUGUGUAACAAAUAGCCCUCUUAUGAUUCUCGUGUAUGACCUUUUCUUCCUGGGAUCUGAGCUUUUCUUCUGUGUUCAUUAGAUAAAAUGAAAAUAGCAGUGAAGCUGUUUUAUUUCCAAUACUAUCAGUGUUUUCACAGUAUUAUUUGAGAUAAACUCAGAAUUGUAGGAAAGUUCCUAUCAUAAGAGCAACAGAUGCAGUAUUCUGUUUCAAAAAUUGUGGAGGUAACAUAGUAGUUGCAAUGAUUUUUUUCAGGCUGAGUAUUUAUAUGAUGCAAGAAAAGAACUUUUUACAAAUGGAAUAAUAGGAUGCAUUAACCUUGUUGAAACUGAAUUGUGGCAAGCUUCCUGAAGUACUUUGGAAGAUAACAUUCCCAAAAGGACAUUAUG